CUUCAUCAAAUUACAUUUAAACAAGUUAUAAACAAAAAAAUUAGAUUAAAUCAAGUUUAAAUGGAUCUUAUCCAAAGGCUUUUUGUAAAAAAUAUACCAGGAAGGUGAUUUUAUUUCGUCUUGAUGUAAAAAUUUAUUCAUUUAUGACACACGAGCUAACAGAGUAGUGGUUUUUAGAGUUGUUUUUUUGUUUGUUACUGUUAUUUUUUUAGAUAGAAAAUGCACUGGAAAACUAACUAUUGGCAUCACGUUUUUAUUUGCUUGGCAAAGAUUACACAUAGAAAAUGCACUGGAAAACUAACUAUUGGCAUCACGUUUUUAUUUGCUUGGCAAAGAUUUCACCAUACAUUGUGCGAAGGACAAUGAGAUUUUUACGGUAUUUUUGACAUCAUCAAGCAAUACGAAAUGAGCAAUAAAAAUGGACAUCGAUGACGAUGAUUUUUUGACACUUUUGGAAACCAAUUUUAUUGGAAGAGAAUCCGACUUGCAAGCAAUUUCUAAAGCAUGGAAUUAUCAAAGAAUAUUCGGGAUAUUUGGGAUAAGGUCAGUCGGAAAGUCGAGACUAGUGCAGGAAUUUUUGUCUCGUUACAUAACAGAUGUCAUCAUUCUGCAAGUAGACUUAAAACAAUUCGCAAAUAUUAGUGCAUUGUAUUCCUACUUGUGCAUUCAAUUAGGUAUUAGAACAGAGUACAAUGCCCACGAAUCUGACCGAUGGGUUCAGCAUAUUGUUAAAGAGCUGAUGCAUAGAAAUGGCGAAAACUUUGUAAUUGUUUUUGAUAACACUGAAGAUUUCCAAGAGGUAACCAGUACAGCGGCACGAGAUAUGUUUCUGUCUUUAAGUUGGAAUAUAAUCAAAAGAUGCAUCAAUGUUAAGGUUAUUAUCACAUCAACAACAAAUGUGAAGUUUACAGAGAAGACAUUCUUCAGUUAUACAUUGGAACCUUUAAGCCUUAUUGAUUCGAGUACCUUGCUACGGUCUGUAGCUCCGGGAAUAAAUUUUGGCGAGUACGAAGACGCUAUUGUAACUCUAAGUGAUGGAUUGCCACUACUCAUCUUGAUGAUAGGCUCAGAACUUAAGAACAACGACGAAAUGACGCCUUGUCACAUGGUGCAGUGUCUACAAACAAGCCGUCUAAAAACAUUAAGUGACACAUUAUAUCCAAAAGAAGACCGUAUUGCUGAUGUAUACAAGGAUUUCAUAGAUCGAUUGUCUUUGAAGUACAGAGAAUGUCUCAUCGUUUUAGAUUAUAUUCCAGGAUCAUUUAAUGCCGAUCAGUGCAAACAGAUAAUUGAUGUUGAUACAGAGGCAAUGGUUAAAUUCAAGACAAUAAAACCAUUACUAGAUCGUCAUGUUCUAGACCGUGAUUCUGCAACCCGACGAUUUAACAUACAAGGAAUUUUGAGAGAAUGUCUGAAGUCAUAUUAUACGGUCAAAGAUCUUCCAGAAGUCAGGGCUAGAUACAGUAAAAUAUUUACAGCUGUAAUGGUAAACAUAUCAAGUCGACUCGGUACGUCUGAAUAUACCGAAGCAGUAGCAGAGUUUACAAUAGAAUAUCCGAACUUACAGAAACUUCUGACAGAUGUUAAGUACACUACGCAAGACACAUAUCACUUCUUUAUAAAGGUCGCCACUGACUGUACAGCACUUGUGAAUAACUUUAUGGCAGGUGAUGGGGAAGUAUUUUAUCAAGGGUGUAUGGAGAUUGCAGAUAUGUACGGUAAAGAUAAAGACAGGGCCAACAUUCAUAUUGCCGUUGGAAGUUUUUAUACAAACAUCAAGUGUCAUUUAGAACAAGGAGCAGACAAUUAUAACUCUGCAAUAGAUGCAUUUGAGAAGCACGGAAAAUCACUGCAGCUAGCAACAGCCUAUCAGGGGAAAGGAUGGAAUUUACUGAUGCAGGGAAAAAAUUUAGAGGCCAUUAAGGUUCUGAAGACUGCAUUAGACAUGGCGAAUUCGUCCGGAACAGAAUACCAGUUAAUAGCUCUGCUGGCGUUGAACAGUCUUGGUGUUACCAAUGUAGUCUUAGGACGCUUUGAUGAAGCGGAAAAGUAUCACUUUGGAGCGCUUAAGGGACGGAAAAAGAUCCAGGGAAAAACCCAUCCUUUAGUUGGUGCUUGUUUGAACGAUAUUGGCAUUAUGUAUUAUCAAAAAGGAGAUUGGCAUAAAGCGCUUAAAUACUAUGAAGCUGGUCUUGAUAUAAAGAGAAAGAACCAAACACCUGUGCGUUCGCUUGUAAAUUCGCUGAGUAACACGGCCAAUAUGUACAGUGAAACAGGGGACUCGACAAAAGCUAUCCAGCUGCUAAACGAAGCAUUGGCGAUACUCAAUAAGGAAAAGUUGUCUCCAAGGGCAUCAUUCGCUUUGAUUUAUGACACGUUAGGCAAAGUUAAUCGGCAAGAUGAAAACCUCACAGCUGCAGAGGAUAUGUUCCAGAAAGCUUUAGAUAUCAGAGAAGAAAUCAGCAUUGAACACGUAACGUAUCUUGAGAGUUUGGUACACUUAGCAAGCAUUCACAAGCUUCAAAAACGUUAUAAAUCUUGUAUCCAAGUCUCUAACAAAGCUCUACGGAUAAAGGAAACGAUAGAAAAAGCCAUGCCACAAAAUCCGUUUGCCAAAGAAUGUUUGGAAUGCUUAGCUGAAGUUUACAAAUUACUGGGUUCAGAUGACAAAUAUAUUGAAACACUUGAAAAACUCGAAUCAGAACUGAUUCGUCUUGAAAGAGUUUACAUGGAACAUGGGAAUGGGCGAGAUCUGCUAAAAGUUAGAAAGAAAAUGCAAAUAAUUAAAGAAAGACUUGAAAGCAUUUCUUUCUAAAUGUUUUAAGUCCAUAUUACAAGUAUAUAUGUUUUCUUCAUCAUUGUGUUAUGUCUGAUUCCACAAAUGGAUAAAGGUCAAUUCAAAUCAAUGAUUGAUACAUGGCUUUAUCUUUUGUUACGCACUGCAACAUUUUUAUAGCUGAAAUGUAACUCAUUUUCCUUAAUAUUCAUUCAUAUUAAAUAUUGCAAGAAAAUUACUUGCAUGUAAACAACAUGUUCUUUAAGGUUUCCAUAUUAUCAUUUCAAGUACCCAUUUUAUCAAAAUGAUAUAAUGAAUCAGUUUGAAAUAUACAUUUUUAAUCGUAACUAUAUGAAUGUGUGUAUUAUACAUGUAAUAUUACAAUUUACUCGCAGUUAUAACUUAAAAAUGUUUUGUAAGAUUUAAAAAAACUCACAUUCCAGAGAAACUUACAGUUUGUUUUAAAGCACAAUGAUUACUUUUCAUUACUCAUUGUGUACAGAAAUAUUUUUUAGAUAUAAGUGAUGAGGAUUCAUGUGCGUUAUGAAACCAAUGCGACUCACCAGUAAUUUAAGGAUUGCUGGGAGCACAGAUUAAAACCCAGUCAGUGGCAAGCCAUUGUUUCCUUGAGCAAGAAAGUAUGUCACUCUAUAGUCUGAUAUUUUCAUACGCAGCUGAACUAAAAUCAAUUUUGUUUGAAAUAAAAUACUGUAUAUCUUAUACAACACCAAAGUCUUUCGUUUUUUGCAAAACUAGUUUCCCAGGGUAUACUCUAAAAUAUUAUUGAUUGCAUUACAAUUAUAGUUUAGUAUGCUAGCCUUUGUUGAGUACUGGUGUUAUGCUUAACAAGUCUCAACUCUAUACUCUAAAAUAUUGCUGAUUGCAUUACAAUUAUAUUUGAAUAUGCAAACCCUUGCUGUCUACAAGUAUUUUACUAAACCAGUCUCCACUCUAAAGGAAGUUUGGUUUAUUGUGGGUGUUUAUGUUAUGAGAUACAAUAGCAAUGGAAUUAAAUUACAAUGAAAUUUAAGUAUGCAAACCUUUAUUGUGUACCAAUGUUUUGCUAAACUACUCUACACUCUAUACUCUAAAAUAUUGCUGAUUGCAUUACAAUUAUAUUUCAGUAUGCAAACCUUUGGUGUGUACCAGUGUUUUGGUAAACUUGUCUCCAUGGCAUCCUCUAUUGCUGAUUGUAUCACAAUCAUGUUCACGUAUGCAAACUGUUGUGUUGUUAUA